ACGCCCAUAGCUAGACUUGUUCGUACUGUCAAGAUGGGUCAUGUCAACUACCACAAAACACAAGCAUAUCUACUACGAACAAAUAUCCCUGAUCAUAAGAUAAUAGUGUGCGUCUGUGCCUCAAAAAUAUAUAAAUGGCGGUGAUUAUAAUUAUAAGAACAACCCACAAAGCUUAGCUAGCAGCCACUCUUCCCCUUCUCUCUCCGAGUCUAACUCACGCUGUGUGUUUGCUUUCUCCGCGUCUCCUUAGCCUCUGCUUCUGGGGGACUUUCCCCCGCCUAGCCGAUAUUACCUCUCUCACCCACCACUAUCUGCUCAAAAGACGACAUUCUCUCUUUUAUUUCUCUCUCUCUCUCUCUCUCAGGACUAUAGCUGCUGCCUUGUGAGUCUGUGACCAUCAUCAUCUUUAUAUGCGUGAUCCCUGCCAUUUGUUUUUCAGGCGGAAAUGUAGAAGCGAUAAGACCGCCAAAAAGAAGACAGAUUUUGCAUGAACAAGAAGGUUGGAUAUCUAGUAUUAAUAUUCUUACUUCAAUCGGCUUAAAAGGAGCUAGGCCAGGGUCUCGAUUCUCAACUAGCAAGGAAAAGCUCCCUCACAAAAGGGAAAAAAGGAGGCUAUCAAGGAAAUAGAAAGAGGAAAGAGAUGUUAUAGUCUGUUCAAAGGACGUACAGCCAAGAAAGACCGAAUCAGGGAAGGGGAAAAAGGAGGAGCCGACUGAGAAAAGCUCCUAGGGCUUUAGCAGAUUAUCCAUCCCACUUCGACUAUCAUCAUCAAUAUCAAUAAUAGCGUAUCAGUAGUUUGAAGAAAGAAAAAGAGGAGAAAGCGGAGCAUGGCAUCAUCAUCGAAUUCUCCAUGUGCAGCGUGCAAGUUUCUGAGGCGUAAAUGCCAGCCGGAGUGCGUUUUUGCACCGUAUUUCCCCCCGGACCAGCCCCAGAAAUUCGCAAACGUGCACAAGGUGUUUGGUGCAAGCAACGUGACCAAGCUUCUGAACGAGUUGCACCCACACCAGCGCGAGGACGCCGUGAAUUCUCUCGCCUAUGAGGCUGACAUGCGUCUCCGGGACCCUGUCUAUGGCUGCGUGGGAGUCAUCUCUCUCCUCCAACACCAACUCCGGCAACUCCAGAUGGACCUCAGUUGCGCCAAAUCUGAACUCUCCAAAUACCAAAACUUGGGCAUCACAAGCCACGGCCUAAUAGCCGCCGCCGCGGCCGCUGCCGCCACGAAUCACAACCACCAGCAGAACUUAGGGAUUAAUCUGAUCGGUGCCGGCCGCGACCACCAUCACUACCAUCACCAGUUCUUUCCGAGGGAUCAGCAACAGAUGAUAAGGAGCUUUGAUUCGGGAAACAACUAUGAUGCAAGCCUUUUAGCCAUGAACGUCUCGGCAAGCAUAGGGCAACUGAGUCAGUUUCAGCAACCUAGGACUGCUACUGGGGACGACCGACGCACCAUUGAUCCCUCUUAGAGUUUCUUUACUUCCAUGGAUAAAAAAAAACUUGCCCAAACCCAUAAUAGGUACAUGUCCAAACUCUUACGAUCGAUAAUCAUGACAUGAAUCGAUGUUUUAAUUAUUAAUGCUAUCCUUCAUAUUGUUAUUGUGGUAAUAACAAAAGUAGUUCUAAUGAUACUAGUACAAUUAUAUC